ACCACGUGGGGACGUUUUAGUGAAGCGCUAGCAAAACAUCCGCAGUGACGCUGGUGUCAGUGAGCACGGAGAAAACUUUUGAUUUAUUUUCUCCCUGACAUCAAACCAACCCGAAGGAGCUGCGAAGGUUUCCCCCACCAGAGUCACUUUUUCUAGACCAUGCCCAACGACCCUCACCCUCCUCCGGCUAAGAAAUUCAAGCCGGGGUCAGUGUUCUUCCGACUGGAUAGGAACAAGCCUGGCAUGCUGCUUCCUAGAAAGGGGAAUGCGACCACUCCGAUAGAAGUCCAGAGGAAACAGCUUCCGAUCUACCAGGCGAAACCUCAGCUGCUGAACCAACUGAGGCAGCUGCCCAAUGUCAUUCUGAUAGGUGAGACCGGGUCAGGGAAGACCACCCAGAUCCCCCAGUAUCUGUACGAGGCUGGCAUCGGGCGACAGGGCAUGGUCGCCAUCACUCAGCCUCGCCGGGUCGCUGCCAUCUCGCUGGCAGGAAGGGUGGCCGAGGAGAAGAGGACUCAGCUCGGCAAGCUGGUUGGUUACACGGUGCGUUUUGAGGAUGUCACCUCCUCCGAGACGAAGCUGAAGUUCAUGACAGACGGCAUGCUGCUGCGUGAGGCCAUCGGGGACCCGUUACUGCUGCGCUACACCGUGGUGGUCCUGGAUGAAGCCCACGAGCGCACCGUGCACACCGAUGUGCUGUUCGGCGUGGUUAAGGCUGCUCAACGCAAGCGGCGAGAACUACACAAGAUUCCCUUGAAGGUCAUAGUGAUGUCGGCCACAAUGGACGUGGAUUUGUUCUCUGAAUACUUCAACAAGUCACCAGUGCUGUACCUGGAGGGAAGGCAGCAUCCCAUUCAGAUCUACUACACCAAGCAUCCCCAGUCCGACUACCUGCAGGCUGCACUGGUGUCUGUGUUCCAGAUCCAUCAGGAGGCGCCCCCGUCCCAUGAUAUUUUAGUCUUCAUGACGGGUCAAGAGGAAAUCGAGGCCCUGGCGAGGACUUGCCGGGACAUCGCCAAGCAUCUUCCUGACGGCUGCAGUCCCAUGGUAGUUAUCCCGUUGUACGCAUCGCUGCCCCCAGCACAGCAGCUCAGGGUCUUCCAGCUAGCUCCCAAGGGUUGUAGGAAAGUCAUCCUCUCGACCAACAUCGCUGAGACGUCACUUACAAUCUCUGGGAUUAAAUAUGUCAUAGACACAGGGAUGGUGAAGGCCAAACGUUUUAAUCCUGACAGUGGUUUGGAGGUGCUGGCAGUGCAGCGGAUCUCUAAAGCACAGGCCUGGCAGCGAUCGGGUCGAGCUGGCAGGGAGGACUCUGGCUCCUGCUAUCGUCUCUACACCGAGGCGGAGUUCGACAGCCUCAUCCCCAUGACUGUACCUGAGAUCCAGAGGUGUAACUUGGCCAGUGUGAUGCUGCAGUUAAUGGCUCUGGGGAUCCCAGACGUGAUGAAUUUUGAUUUCAUGUCAAAGCCCUCUCCAGAGGCCGUUCACUCUGCUGUGGAGCAUUUAGAGCUGCUGGGAGCUCUGGAGAGGAAGGAGGGCCAGGUUUUCCUCACCCCUCUUGGAAAGAAGAUGGCAAGCUUCCCCUUGGAGCCAAGAUAUGCCAAGACCAUCCUGCUGUCCCCGGAUUACUCCUGUUCUGAGGAGAUUUUGUGCAUUGUGUCUCUACUGUCAGUAGACACUGUGUUGUUCAACCCUCCAGCCCGGCGGGAAGAGGUGCUCGCGGCGCGCAAGAAGUUUUCCUCCAGCGAAGGAGACCACAUGACCCUCCUUAGCAUUUACAGAGCAUUCAAGAAAGUCAGUGGUAAUAAGGAGUGGUGUCGGGAGAACUUUGUCAACAGCAGGAACAUGGGUCUGGUGAAAGACGUCCAGGCGCAACUUAAAGAAAUCUGCCUUAAGAUGAAUUUGAAGAUGGAGUCAUGUGGAGCAGACACGGAGGACGUUCGCCGCUGCCUCGCCCACGGGAUGUUCGUCAACGCCGCAGAACUACAACCCGACGGCAGCUACUUGGCUCUGGACACCCACCAGCCUGUGGCCAUCCAUCCCUCCUCUGUCCUUUUCCAGGCCAAGCCAGCAUACGUGGUCUUUAAUGAGCUGCUGCACACGUCGCGCUGCUACAUGAGAGACCUCUGUCUGGUUGACGCCGACUGGCUGCUGGAUGCAGCACCAGAAUACUUUGGCCGCAAGCUCCACCUCACCAGGAGCUAACCAAUAGAGAUACAGGACACCUUUCUCAAUUUACCCAGUGACUGAAAAACUGGAAAAAUGUUUUCUCUUUACAGAGCUGAAUUUGGAUAAAGACACUUACUACAAAUCAGAAGAAUCUGAGUUUCUGUGCUGUAAACUUCUCUGGAUUUUACUACCUCUCAGUUGACAAGCAUCUGGCAUGUGUCACUGCAGCAGAAAUCUGCAAACUGGGGCCUCACAACUUUUUUGACCUCCUCCAGACUCUUAUUCACGUUUUAUAAACCAUUUUUCUUCUGCCUGACAUUCAUUCUUGCCAUUUAGCCACCUGUUUAACAUAUUUAAGAAUAGAUCAUUUUUUAGGUUCCCUGCUCCGGUUCUUUCAAUGUUUGCAUGCAUUUCUGAUAAUGUAUCAAUUUUUUUUCUCAAAGUCAUAUUGACUUUUUCAUACAGGGUAGUUGACUGACCAGUUCUGCCUGAAAGUUAGAGGCUAAGAAAAGCAAUCUUCUCUUAAACGGUCCCACUAUGUUGUGUAGGUUUACACAAUGUGCUCUGAAGGGGUUUCAUACACAAGCACAGAAGCUUUGUCUUAAUCCAUAAAUUCCUGUAAUAAUAUUAAAACAUGAAAAACACCAAAGUUAUGGUUAAAACACAGGCUGCUUGUGUUACACAACUACGACUGUAUCACACUUUCCCAAAUACAUGCACGUCAGGAGAAGCAGCAUGCCUUAUUCUCCAGGUUCUACUCUUGUUGCACAGAUCCAUUACUCGGACUGCAAAGACUAACAACCGACAUAUGGACGACCAAUGGAUGCAAAGCAAUGCAUGGAGAUUGUAGUUAUCGAUCUGAUCACUCAGGUCUUACAUACUUUGUAGAAUGUAAAUCUCACCAAUUUGAAGAAUAGGAUGGAUGCUCCUCUUUUUUUACACUGGACUCAGGAUUGUACAACAUGUUUUGUAACCUGAAUAAAAUGAGAACUGUUUCUAAGUUUACAAACUAUUAAACACCAGUUGCAUCUGGUGUUGCUGUUGAGAUCAUCAGACCUACUCUCACAUACUGGUCGUGUGUUCAGGGAUCGAGUCUCUUGCACAUCAGGCUGCCCAUGAGGUUUUUAAGUAAAUGGUUUAGGAUCUGCAUGAGCCCUUGUCAAUUUUACACAAAUAAAUGCACGCCUUCGAUGAGUUUAUUAUAACUAUACAUCUUGUAAUUUGUCAUAGUCUUAGUUACACAGAUGUUAUAAUUUCUAAUAAAUAAAAAAAUCAACACUG